UCUAUGUUUCACAAUUAACGACUGCGUAUUUGUUGGCAUUGGAAAAAAUUGACAUGAUCCUUUGGUUUAUAUACAUUUUAGUUGGAAUCACUUCAGGUUCCGAGAUACUGAUAAACUCUUCAUUUAUCGAUGGAGACUUGGAAUUUAAUUGGACUCGCAGAUCAGUCCAUCAGAACGUCACUGUUGCCUGUGACGGUAGUAUACAGACUAGGAUGGACUACACAAGGACGGAAUACACUGUAUACGAUGUGUUGAAUUGUACAGACGUCAACUUAAUUGUACGUAUUUCCAAGGGUUACCGAUACUGGGAAAUGUCUGCAUCAUACAAACCUAAUAUUAUUCAUGCGUUGGAAGGAGAUCCAGUCAAGAUAACUUUGCCUGACCCUUUGGGGACCUCUAAUUACACCAUUUACAAGCUGUUGUCAAAUGACGCAAUAAAAAUUAACUACCAGUCUAUUAACAUUAACCGUUAUGUUAUUACCCGGUCACCUGGUUAUAUGUCACUACAAGCUCUCCACGUCACCACGAUUGAUGCAGGAUAUUACAGCGCCGGAUAUAACGCUUCAGAUUCCAGAACGAGGAAGGGAGUCGUACUAGUCGUUUCUGGGAGGCCAAUAAAACCAGUUAUCACUGGCAAUGUUUAUGUCCCAGUUAAUCAAAAGACAACGUUAACCUGUAGCAGUCAGUCUACAUCUACACCAAAUUUCUUCAAGAAAAUUCCCGCCAUGAAAUAUACAUGGUUUGUAAACAAAACAAAAAUUCCUAUUGCCUUCAAUCAAACACUGGAGUUCCAAGUAAGGAGGAGCCAUGUGUACGACAAAUUCACAUGUCGCGCACAGGAACGUUUAAUAUCCGAAAGCGACGUAACGCAAGUAGAAGCCUUCUAUGGCCCUGAUAUUGUGAAAUUGAUUCCAUAUUUGGAUGAACCAAUCCAGUUACAAGACAGGGGCUUACUUGGUCCUUUAAACUGUACUUCUGAGUGCAAUCCUCCAUGCGUUUUCUAUUGGAUGACGAUUCACCCUGAUGGCCAAAGAUCCCAUAUCAUCGCAAAUGGAUCCAUGCUGCCAAUACAAGUAGUUAACAAGAACAAGAAGUUGACCUUUCGCUGUGUUGCAACUGGACAAUAUAAUAACACUAAAGGCAGCAGAACAGCUUAUGUUGAUAUCAAACCAGAAAUACAAUAUGGACCAGAAAAGGUGGAGUUUUCUCCGAAAAUAAAUACUACUAUUACAAUCCGAGAAAACGACACUUUAGGACCUAUUAAUUGUUCUGCAGACUGCAACCCUCCUUGUGAAUAUAGAUGGGAAAGCAUUAAUGCCACAGGACACGUAACUAGUGUCCAGAAAUGCCACGUGUUACCACAGCGUUUUGUAGGCAGAAAUGAUAUAAGUAGAUAUCGUUGUAUCGCAACCGGAAAUGUUAGCAACACUGACGGAUUUAUCACCUCAAAGAGAGAAAUAAAUAUAAACGUUGCUUAUGUUUCAGAGCCAAAUAUUUAUACAAUCGUGAAUGGAAAUAUACAAAAUGAUUCACAAAUCAAUACAAGAGAAGGCGAUAACGUAACAGUAGUCUGCGAAGUGGAUGGAUAUCCACCUCCAAAUGUUGUUAUCAAAAAGAGAUCUAAAACUGGAGUUAAAAUGGCUGGUAAUAUGUUUGAACAUUUAUAUCACUACACAUUCAUGAAUGGCGUGGAGUGCAACGAUUCGGAAAUUUAUGUUUGCAUUGGGAGAAAUAUUGACUACGGAGAAAAAUUAAACCAAAUUCAACUUAAAAUUGAUUGUGCGGUUCGAUUGGAUACCGAAAUGGAAUUUAAUAAACUAUAUUCAACAGCCACAGGGAAAAACAAAACUGUCGAAGUAAAUGUUCCUGUAAUAUCAAAGAUUAAUCUUGAGAAGACUCUGAAGGAAAAUGAUAUUAAAUGGGAUGGCAAUGCUCGGAGAAAUGAAAUUAAUGUUUUUAUUCUGCGGCGAAAUGAAACCGAUUUCUACUGGAUCAGAAGCGUUAUUCCUGUCUUUGAUGAAAGUUCUUUGGGCAACUAUACACUUUUUGUCAGGGAUUCCAUGAUAGUUUCAAUAUCUAUUCAAGAGAGAGAAAAGGGACAUCUUGAAAUAAGCGUGCUGAGCCCAGGGACCGUAUUAGCUCUAGGACUUGGGGGUGCGAUACUUGUAACAUGUUUUAUAUCCCUGAUGAUGUUUCGUAGACGCAAGGAUAAUGGGAAAGAACCAGAGUCUGCAUCGAUGAAUACAUUUAAACAGCCAAAUGAUAUGAGUAUUGAUGGAGUUAUAGGCGAAGUUCAACCUCACCAUUCUCAGUGGCAGAUAGCUCAGAUAUCGAGAUUUCCACAAAGAGCUGGGUCAUCAAAGAAUUGGUUUUCUGAAAACGUGGAAUAUGAAGUACUGCACCAUUACGCUGCUAUAAUGAAUGUGCCGCGAUAGACUUGGGAUUUUGUGAUUAAAUAUGCAUGGAAAUAUUCGUUCGGAAUAUGAACUGAAACUGUGGGUUUUUUUAGUCUUUUAUAAAUAAUGCAGUAUUAAAUUACCAUAAGUCACAAAAUAGAAAGAAAAUUUUAGAGGUAAAAUAUUUUCAUCUUUCAAUAACGUACUUUCACAGAUUCUAUUUUAGUUGAAAAUUUUAGAUACGAAAUAAGUUCAUUAUAGAUUUGAUUGAUGUGUAUGCUAACAUUCCUCUUGAAAAAUUUUCACUCAUAUGAAGACAUCACGACUUGCCAGUGAAGAGCUACAAAUUUUGUCCUAUGCUCGGCAAUCGGGGACAUAAAGUAGUGACUGAUCUUUUUCGUUCCAGUACCUACUGCGACACGGGACCCCGGUUUAUAGGUCUCAUCUGAAGGACCGGUCUCCAUAUUCCAAAAUGGGAUUCAAAACUGCUACGUAACUUCGCGACUCUAAAGUACACACUCUAACCAUUGCACCACGCGGAUGACCAUUCUAAAUUCGAAUGCAACGUUCUUAAAGGUAUAUGUUAAUGUAAAAAUA